AAGUUCGUGACUUGACCAACCUACAGUUUUGUGGGUUUUUUAACUUCUAAUUUUUGCUUUUUUGGUCUAUUGUAGCGGUAUUUAUAGGUGCAGCUCUUUCUUUUGUCUCAAAAGAAUACCUUCGUUUGUUAUGGAAGGUUGUUAAAAGAUUAAGACAUUUUGUAAUGUGUCACGCCGAAGAUGGUACGAUGACAUCACAGUCCGACUGGAGCUGGGUCAAGAAGUCAGCACACUUUUGGAUGUUGUAUUCGGAACUGAUAAACCGCGGUGUGAAGCGUUGUAUAGUUCCGUUUGUCCAUCAUUUUGACGUGCAAACAAAAUGCUUAACAUUCUCAUCAUUGAAAGAGGAUUUAAAACGGACUUGGAAAAAGGAAGGUUUAGUCAUUAGUGCAAGUUUAUGGUAAAAGAGAACGAUCGCGCCCAGGAAAAUUUACUAAAUGUUGUCCGACCACCAUUUCUGGUUUUGAAUCUUUGCGAAGGAUGGAUAAUUCGCCAAGAAGUAACGGACCACAAGUAUACUCUACAGAGGUCGGCGAAAAUGAGAUUGACUACAAACAAAGAUGUAAAUAUUUGGAAAAUCAACUCGAGAAAUUUCGGGAGCAAGCGGCGAAAGUCCGCGAAGUUAUUGGUCACAAGUUAAAAGACUUGGAAGAACAGUCAAGAAAUGCUAACGCAAGAGCUGCAGAAACUGCUCAGCAGGUCCAGCGUUUGGAGACUUUGCUUGCAGUGAAAGAUCAAACAGUUGCACAUUUAGAGACUGAACUUGAAAGCGAGAAACAAAGGCGAAUCGUUCGUGAAAGAGAAGUUGAAGAUAAAGCUGCUCAUAUCAAAAACUGGAUGCAUAACAAGAUUUCCGAGUAUGAAGACAAGCUACAAGAACUUACCAAAGAGAAUGAGCAGCUGCGGACUUCACAUAAACAAGCUAUGGAGCUGAUCAAAGAGAUUGAGAUCAAGCUUCAUUUUUCCCAAGAUCAAGUGGUUAGAUUGUCUAGCGAACUUGCUGAGGUUCAGUCACAGUGUGGUGACUAUUAUGUUUUGGAGUCUGAAACAGAUCAAGGAGAAUCUGGCUUUCAAUCCUUUCAAAAUGAGGAUGUUAGGAGUCCAACUCUAGUGGACUCCUCAAGCUCACUAAAUACCACACUGACACCCAUGUCACCAGAUGAGCUGGCACAAGAAACAGUUGAAGACAGCAAUGAUACUGGAACAAUAAUAUCCGAUCAACCGGCUGAGAUACAAAUAAAAAGAACAUCGAGUGGUAAAUCCCCGUCAAAAAUUCCUCGAUAUAUUGGGAAUUCUGAUGAUCCAAGAGCUGCACAGAUAUCUUAUUACAUGUCACUAAAGAGAGGGUUGACGAGCCCAGGUAGCUCUCAGGCGAAAUUUUUCAUACAAGUACAAAACUCACACAAUCCUUACAUGCAGUUAGUGUCAUCAGAAAACUUGUCACGGAAGAAACUUUACGACAGCCAGUCUACUGUAGAUUCAGAGCUAGAAGACAGUGCCUUUGAAACUUACUUACAACCUGGUGAUCAAGUUUUCGAUGGAGAGGAAUUUCAUGCACAGCUUGGUGAAUUAGUUACACUUCAUUUAGAGAACCAAAGUUUAGCUCCAAGUGUUGCAAAAACUGAACAAGAGUCGCUAUCUGACAGUAGGUCAUCUGUGGGUUCUUUAACAGAACCGACUGUGUCUCCCAAUCCAAUAUACCAAUCUCUUGAACAGGAAUUAGAUUCAGCCCAACAAGAAAUAGAUUCAGCAAGAACUUGUUUAGAUUCUGUGACAGAAAGUCAAGUGUCAGUAGAUAGUGGUGUGCCACUUUCACCACCUCCACCUCCUGUUCCUCCACGUUUUGAGCCUGAAAAUGCUGUACCUCCGCCUGUGCCAUGGUACGAUGACAUCACAGUCCGACUGGAGCUGGGUCAAGAAGUCAGCACACUUUUGGAUGUUGUAUUCGGAACUGAUAAACCGCGGUGUGAAGCGUUGUAUAGUUCCGUUUGUCCAUCAUUUUGA